CUUCAUGACUGUGUAAUGUGUGCCUCCUUGUAGAGCGGAAACCUAAGCACGGGGAAGUCCAUUUCCUCUUAAAAUGCUCAUGUUAUUUAUUAAAAUAAGUUUUCAGACUUCUCACAAAUACACCAAAGGAUCACCUUGAAGAGCAGGAAUAACUUCUGUUGUCAUUGAAGCUCAGAGGAAUGCUGGAGAGAGAGAGAUCCCGACCAUACCAAGAGUUCAUUGAUGAUGAUGAUGAUGGUGAUGAAGGUAACACGCAGUCUCAAGGCUUCUUCUACGAUGCAACUGAAGAAGUGGAGCAGGAGGAGCCCAACGACGGCAUCUCACAAGCGGAUGACAGCAGGGGAAACAGCCCACCGAUGAGAUUCAGUAAGAUCUGCCUGAAGAACUUCUUCACGGUGGUGCUCAUUUUCAUCUACCUGCUGCUGACAGGCGUGGCGGUGUUCCUGGCCUACCAGACCAUCUCGGACUUUUUGGAGAAACUCAACCACCCUGUUAUGUCCGUCACUUACAAAGAGGUCGACUCCUUUUCUGCACCAGGUAUCGCUCUGUAUCCCGGCAAAGCUCGGCUGUUGAGCUGCAGACAUCACUUCCACGACUACAUCCCACCUUUGGUCGACCCGGGAAAACCUCAGAAAGGAGACUGUUUGAUUCAAAAUGUGACUUACAUCGGGCCGUUUACCAAUCAGACUAAGAAAAGAGCUGUCGUGGUCCGCGGCCCGACUGACGUCAGAAACAAAGAGUUGAUCUUCAUGCAGUUCAGUCACAAUGAAACAGAAGAGGACUUCAGCGCCAUCACUUACAUGCUUUUUGCCAAGUUUAGUGACUUGAGUGAAAGUGCGAAUAAAUCCCACUUUAUGAGGGAUUGUGAGAGGAAUUACUCCAUGUGGACUUUCUCUGGAGGGUUCAGAACCUGGGUCAAGAUGUCUCUAGUGAGGACGUCUGGGGAAAAAAAUGAAGCUGUCGAGUUUCGGCAAGAGUCCGCCGUGGUGAAAUUCAAUGACAAACGGCCCGAAUCAGAGAAAACCAAUCAGCUCUUCUUCGCCGUCUUUGAAUGGCGGGAUCCUUAUUUGCAAAAUAUCAAACUGAUAGUGACUGCAAAUCCCUGGAACUCUGUAGCCAUCCUCUGUGGCGUCUUCAUGGCUCUCUUCAAGGCCGCCCAUUUUACCAAACUCACGGUUCAGUGGAUAAUCAAAAUGCGUAAGAGGCAUCUGAGGAACAAAACUCGGGAACUGAACCAAAUAAACUGACACUUUUUGCAGAAAAAACACUGCUGACACAAUCUGACAAGCCUGUGUUUUUUUAGGUCUAAUACUAAAUCAUCUUUUAAUAAUUGGUAAAUGUUCUCAACACCAGGAAAUGUUUAUUAAUUAAAUAUUUAAUAUAUACAGGGAUAUGCUCUAACUGAAUACUACUGAUGGAUUAAUCAUUUCCUAAAAAUUGCCAGUUUGACAAGAAUUCAGUGGAUUGUUAGUUGUUGCAUUUCAAAAUAAGAGGUAUUUCAUAAAUGUUUUGUACAGAUGUAAAAUUGUUGCUGAAAGCUGAGGCGUUUAAAAUGUUUUGGGGUUUGAGAGCUCCGUAAAGGAUGUUUUAAGGUAUGGCUGUUUCAGGUGUAAAACUGAGAAAAAUGUGAACUUUGUUCAAAAUGUUGCUGGAUUUUAUAAUUGUAUUAGAAAGGGAAUAUUGUAGAUUAUUUUAUGUUAAUGUCAUACUUUUUUUUCCAAGAAAAUAUCCCCUUCAUCAAGUAUCAGAAACAUAUUGAUAACUCUAAAGGGAUUAUUAUGAACUACUUUUCUUCUGUAAAAGUAAUCUGCCAUUUUAUUUUUGUUUAGGCCAAAUCUGUGCUGCCUGAACUUUGUCUUUGUCUAUUGUUUAUUGAUUUGAGCAUAAUGUACAACCUAUGUUCAUUGUUGUUAAAAUUUACCCAAAUUAAUGUCUUAAUUUUGUCGUUUUUCAAGAUUGAAUCUCAAACGCUAUGUUGUUGGACAUUUGGGAGAAAUGUGGAAUAUGUAGAACAUGCUGCUUGAAGCUUCCCAAUUUGGAAAAGUAUAGAUAAUUAAAUAAUGUGGAUAAAUGUGAGCUUUCAUAAA